AUGGUUGUUGGCGACCCCAACGCUUCGUCGAUAAGCGUGACGGUCCGAGUGCGACCAUUCACAAUACGCGAAGCCGCCCAACUCGUGAAAACCGACGAAGGCACACUCUUCCUUGGUGAUGGCUCGCUCGCCAGCGCACCAACACCAAAACUCAAGCAGCAUGGCCUUCGAUCCGUGAUCAAGGUCGUUGACGACAGAUGCCUCGUCUUCGACCCCCCAGAAGACAACCCAGUCCAGAAGUUCUCGCGAUCCGUGGUGCCCAUGGGCAAGAAAGUCAAGGACCAGGUUUUCGCAUUCGACCGGAUAUUCGACGACAACGUCUCGCAGACGGAGGUGUACGAGGGCACGACGAAGCCGCUACUGGAUAGCGUCCUAGACGGCUACAAUGCCACCGUUUUCGCAUACGGCGCCACGGGCUGCGGCAAAACGCACACCAUCACGGGCACGUCGCAGCAGCCGGGCAUCAUCUUCCUAACUAUGCAGGAGCUGUUCGAGAAGAUCAAUGACCGCAACGACGAGAAGGUGACGGAACUGUCGCUUUCGUACCUCGAGAUCUACAACGAGACCAUCCGCGACCUGCUCGUGCCCGGCGGCAGCAAAGCGGGCCUGAUGCUGCGCGAGGACUCCAACCAGGCCGUCAGUGUUUCAGGCCUGACAAGCCACCACCCCAAGGACGUCCAGGAGGUCAUGGAUAUAAUCGUCAAGGGCAACGAGUACCGCACCGUCUCGCCAACCGAGGCCAAUGCGACCUCUUCGCGCUCCCACGCCGUGCUCCAGAUCAACGUCGCCCAGAAGGAUCGCAAUGCCGACGUCAACGAGCCGCAUACCAUGGCAACACUCAGUAUCAUCGAUCUUGCCGGCAGCGAGCGUGCGAGUGCCACCAAGAACCGCGGCGAGCGCCUGAUCGAGGGCGCCAACAUCAACAAGUCGCUACUAGCGCUAGGGAGCUGCAUCAACGCACUUUGCGACCCGCGCAAGAAGAACCACGUGCCGUACCGCAACAGCAAGCUGACGCGGCUGCUCAAGUUCUCUCUGGGCGGCAACUGCAAGACGGUCAUGAUUGUCUGCGUCAGCCCGUCGAGUGCGCACUUUGACGAGACGCAGAACACGCUCCGGUACGCCAACCGGGCCAAGAACAUCCAGACCAAGGUGACACGCAACGUCUUCAACGUGAACCGCCACGUCAAGGACUUCCUCGUCAAGAUCGACGAGCAGAUCGCCCUGAUCAACGAGCUCAAGGCCCAGCAGAAGGAUGCCGAGAAGAUCUUCUACGCCAAGUUCCGCAAGCAGCUCGAGAAGCGCGAUGGUGUCGCCCGCGAGGGCAUCGUGCGCAUCCGCGCCGCCUACGAGAAUGCGACCCAGGAGCGCCAGGAAAAGAUCACCAACAUGAAGAAGCUGCGUGCAUUUGAGCGCCGCAUCGGUCUUCUGUCGGCAUGGAUUGCCGCGUUCGACCAUAUAUGCGACGCGCACUCUUCUGAUCCCGAGGACAUCAUGCCAGCUAGCCUAGUGGCUAUGCGCAGGACCGCCCAUGGUAUCCUGGCCGAACUGGAGAACAGCCGCCAGCACCUCCACCAGAAGAUCGAGAGGUCCAACUGGGAAAGGGGUGUCGACUCUGCUCUGCAGCACAGUAUCACCCAGCUUUCGUCGGGCGACGGCAAUGUCGACAAGGGCGAGAUCUCCACCCUCACCAGGGAGGUGGAGCUGCUCAAGUCCAACUUCAUGAGGGAGGCGUACAGGGAGGUGAUGGAGCAGGAGAGGGCGGGCGAUGCGGCAACCGUGCAGGUCUUGCUGAAUGCGCAGUUCGAGAUCCUGGCCUCGCUAUCCGAGACUUUGGCAAUGGGAGAGGAGGAGGCCGUAGCACAUGCCAAGGCCAUCAUCAACCGCCUGCUCGAGGCCGGCUGCUCGGCGGCCUCGCACGUUGUCAAGCCGGACGGCGCCGUCAUGCCUGUCGAGAUGUUCCCGCCGACAAAGCGCGGCACGCCCAGAAGGAAGAAGGUCUCCAACGUGCACGUCAAGCCCUUGGCUGCCCCUGUCUUUUCCGCAUCCACGCUAUCAGUAGGGCAGCCAGAGGCGAUCGCGUCGCCUACGAAGAGCUCCCCCCGCCGGCGCAAGGCGGCAGUGUCGAAGAAGGGUGUGUCUUUUACGCCAUCCAAAAAGAGGGUGUCCACCGCGGCGCGGUCAGUCCGUUGGCGCGACGAUGAGACGGAGCAGGGCACCCUGGCCGAUUUCGAAAAGACCCCCCAGAAGCUUUUCGAGUCCUCACCAGAGCGCAGCUCGCCCGAGAAGGAGAGGGCCAUGCCUCCGAUGCCUGCGCUGCCAUCAUACCUCGCAGAGGAUAUGAGCAUAAGCGCAGAUACCAGCAGCAUCAGCCUCGCCAACACCACGAUGGACGAUUCCAUUUCCGAGUCCAGCCCAUCACUUGCUAUCCCACAGCCGUCCAGCUUGUCAGCGAAGCCUAAUCGUUUCCAGACGGGCUUCUUGACCAAAGCGCGCGUGUCGUCAAUUGGCAGUGUCGGCGGGUCUCCCCGCGCGGCGGGAAACCUGUCGGUUAACUAUUCAUCGAGCCCAGACUGCGACAGGAGGAAGUCGCCGCUUCGCGCUAUCGACGCGGGCAAGGCGGCCAACUCUCUAUCUCCGUCGGCCGGCGGUUCUUUUGGAUUUAGGAAGUCUAGCAGCCCUCAGCCGCCCUCGAACCUUGGCUCCCUGGACGAGAACACCCCGUUGACGGCCCCGGUCCGCCGUGUCGGCUCUGCGUCGGCAUCGACGUCGUCGGGCUCGGACUCGGAGUCGACCAUCGACACUAGCAAGCUGCGCGCCGCCAUGCAUAACGUGAAGCGACGCGACAGGCUGUCCCUGAUGGCUGGAGGCCUGCCUGGCCUGGGAGCAGGCUUGGCGGCGUCAUCAGGCUCGAGGCGCAUCUCGUCUCUGGGCACCACAGGUCACCACCGCGCAUCCAUGUCGUACUCGGGCCCCGCGCUGGCCAGUUCGACCAACGGCAUCUCGCGCCAGCGGUUCCGCCGCAACAGCUCCGACCGACGUGCCAGCGCCGAGCGGCGACGCAGCCCGCCCAUCUCAUGCUCGCUCCUCGGCGACCUGGGCGCCACUAAGGGAGAGGCGGGCGGGUCGUCCGGGUUCUCGCGCUCCUUCACGCCCGGCCAGGCGAGGCGUAUGAACCUGAGCAGCAGCGUGCAGAGGCACCGGGAGGACGUCGGCAGCGCCAACCACGGCGCCAGCCCCGGCGAUAAGAACCAGGGCAGAUCUAGGAGAAUCACCAUUGGCACCGCCGGGAUGGGAUCGCUGGGCGCUAGCAGCGCGCGCAAGGAGGUGGCGCCGAGACCGAGCAUUGUAUGGCGGUAG